CAAUUGUAAGAUGGAAGGCAAAUUUGUUGUUUUAAGUGUGUUCAUAAUGAGUCUAGUCAUUGCGCAAAUUCAAGUUGAAGCAAAGAUCUGUUGCCCGUCCCAGAAUGCUAGAACUGCGUAUACUGUCUGCUAUUAUACGCCAAAAAUCCCCAAUAGUUUCUGCCUAUAUACCACUGGGUGCACAAAAGUUUCUGACAAUGGUCGAUGUCCUUCGGGGUCUAUAUACAGCCGUCUCGAAAGCUCAGUGACUCAAGGUGGUAAUGUCAAUGAAUACUGCAAAUUGGGGUGUGCUUCCUCUGUCUGUAGUGCCAUGACCACUCUCAACAACUCCGAUGGUAGUGAAAUUGUGAGUGGAGCCGUUGAAAAAUGUACCGAGGCAUGUUCUAUUCUCUGCACCAAAGGCUUUGUGAAGCCAUCACUUGAAACUGCCUAAACGAGCAUAUCCACGAAGCCAAGAUACCAUAUCAAUGUCUCAGAAAUUAAAGUGUCGUUUUUCAUGUUUUCAACGUGUGUUGUUUUCCCUAUUUUCAAUAAUUGUCAGUCUAUUUGACAAAAAUGCUAGACUCUUGUGUUAGCUGCUACUAUUUCUGGUUUGUCUAUGUUUACUAUUUUCAGUUUGUCUAUGUGUCGUGUCGUAGAAGGUUGUGUAUCCCUUCUACAUGUCCUUAUCUAAA